UUUCCCGUCCUCCCGUCGUCUUCUUCGAGACGCCCUCAACAAAGUCAACAUUGAAGCUGCUUAUUUCUGGCUUGUGAAAUCGCGUGCACUUGCCGCACUUCAUUCGUUUUUCAUAAUUUCAAGAGAAUAAUGGAUCCCAUAAAACUGGCCAUCGUGAUGAAGGUAAUUGGACGGACAGGCUCUCGUGGCCAGGUAACCCAGGUCCGCGUGAAGUUCUUGGAUGAUCAAAAUCGCCAAAUAAUGCGAAACGUGAAAGGUCCAGUCAGGGAAGGUGAUAUUCUCACUUUAAUGGAAUCUGAGCGCGAAGCUCGUCGUCUGCGGUAGUUGUGUCGCUUGAGCUCUAAGAAUUUAUUUGUAGUCGCAAGACACAGCGGCUGUUGGCUGUUUCAACAAGAUGUCGAUAAAUCUGCGGGAGAAAGAAUCCCAAUAAAUGUACUCUCGGGAGCAAGCAAAUAUAGGGUGACCGCAAGUAAAACAAAUUUUAAUUUAAGCUGGGUUACGUUUGCCACU